AUGAAUCCCUCCCCUCUCGCCAGUAACGGCGAUACCACAAUCACGCUGGUCAACGACCUGAAAGAAAUAGUCUUUUGCUCCAUUAUAGACAAAGAUUCUCCCAAAGCCUAUGGCCAGGCAGUAGCUUCUGCCGGCCUCUUCCUCUCCAUUCUCGGGAUUGCCUCUGGUGCUGCCACGCCCGCACCCGGGCUCUUGGUCGGGCUUGGAGGGAUGCACCUCUCAGGCCAAUCUUCUUUGCACAAUUUCUACGCAUCUAGGAACUCUGAAGUAGUCAGCAGAGUACUCUUCUUCAAUGACGCUCUGAAAUCGACUCUCAAGGGAGGAAAGACGGGUGUUAUUCUCCUUGUUCAUCUCUCCAUUGAUGGAACUCAAGUCAAAGUCACACAGUACAGGAAAGAAGGCUCGUCGGAAAUCAAUCAUGUCGGAAAUAUUAUCGGUGGAGAUUUCACUGAGAAGAAGGACUUCUUCACCUUCAACGUCGUUGGCAGUCACAAACUUGUUCAUCGACGCUAUUUGACUAUUCGUGGCCUAUCACCGCACGGCAUCAUCUCCAGCUCGACAGACUGGAAAGAUAUUCCCGAGCCAGGUUCCGCAGUCCAAUUCGACACUUCCGGAAAGCUAGUCCUCUACUACCCCCAGAAAAGGGGCAACGAGGAUAAAGACCUUUUUGCAAAAUGCAAUUUGAGCCACAAAGAAGGCGCCGUCAUCCAAUUCGUCCAAGGAGAAAGCUCCCAAAUAAGCCCGAGCCAGUCCGUCCUAAACCUCGCCGACGACAAGCACACGGCUGUGCUGAGGAUGCAUGGAUGGGGGUGUAUCCCCCUAGGCACAAAGAUUGGAAACGCCUUGGACAGUGAGCUUCAAAAGGUGCUGGACAUGAUCCGAGAUACUAGGGACCAGUCGUUUUGGGGUUACCAAUGGGUUCGUGAUACAACAAGGAACGGCAGCGCUCUGUAUGGUGAUUUGUAUGGUCUUGCUUGGCCGAAGGGCGGCGAUUCUUUGACGAGGAGUGCAGUCUCGGAGGUGUUUUUCGUUGUUGACGAUGAGGAUUGGACAUAUACGGCAACUAUUUCAAAGGUAGAGUGA